AACGCUUAUCUCAAGAGUCAGAUAUUUAUUCGAGAUAACUGAACUUACGUUGAUUUUUGUUUAUUUCGUUUAACUGUGUGAUUUGAACGAAGUGGAGAAUGUCUUUACAGCAAUACUUACGUGUUUACGAAAAAUCGGUAAGCAGGUAUAUGUCAGGUGCAGCAGUUGUGGGGGUUAUUGGGGUUGCAGGGCUCCUCUUGAUGGAGUACCUCAGACAAGAAAAACACCAUGAAAUGUCAACUAGAAACGUUCAAAGCUUGGAACGAGAGUUGUCCGAGCUGAGAACAGAAUUGCGUGAGUUACAAGAGAAGAAAAACAAAGAGAGAUUAAAACGAUCAAAUAAACAUAAUAGUAAAAAGGCCCACUCAAUAGUAUCGGGAUCAACAGAUGGGUAUUUGAGUACUUCAAAUUUGGACAGCUCUGAUAUUGAGUUUUAUGAUUGUAGUGAUGAUGAAGAGAGUGCCCAAGUUGAUGGUAAUACUUUGCUUUUAGAAACAGUGUUAAUUGAAAUAGAUAAGAAACUUGACCUCGGUGAUAUAGACGAUAUAGAAAAUGCAUUAGAAAAAUUAGAAGACCUUUGCUUAGAAUACCCCAGUAAUCCAGAGCUACUUUAUAGGAUAGGUAAAGCGCAUCAUAAAGUAGCAGAGGAAAGUGAUAAUAAAGAAUUUAUCGAACAAAGACUGGCCAAAGGUAUCGCAGCUUGUAAUUCAGCUCUGGCAAUUGACCCUGAACAUGGGGAAGUUCACAAAUGGUAUGCUGUAUUAAUAGGUAGCAAAUCUAAUAAAACUGUAGACAUAAAGGAAAAGAUCAAUGGUGGAUACACAUUUAAAAAACAUGUAGACAAGGCGAUAUCAAUCAAGCCAGACGAUUAUUCUUUGCACUACAUGCUGGGCAGGUUUCAAUAUGAACUUGCUGGAUUAAGAUGGUAUGAAAGGAAAGUGGCUGCCGCACUAUAUUCGGAGCCUCCAUAUGCUACCUAUGAGGAUGCCUUUUCAUGUUUCCUAACUGCCGAAAGGCUGGCACCUUUCGAGUGGAAAGAAAAUAGACUGAUGAUGGGCAAAUGUAAAAUAGCUAUGAGUCAGUAUAAGGAAGCUGUGGAGUGGUUAGAAAAAGCGGAUGGUAGUCGUGCAACUAGUCUGGACAAGAAAGUGGACAUGGAAAUUAAAGAGUUACUUCGAAGUUAUAACAGUUACAAGUAAUGUUAAGAUGAAAACAAGUUAUUUUUGUUUGUUUUUUAACGUGUUUUUAUUGUAGCGUUUUUUUUAUUAAUAAUUUUGCAGUUUAGCGACAUUAACGGUGGUUUUUCGUGAAAUUAUUGGUUUUAGUGUUAAACUUAAUGUAAAAGUGGCGGAAGAGGCAUUUUAGAAAGUAUUUUUAUUGUAAAGAAAACUUAAUUUUUCAAACAUUGCAAUGCAAAAGCUCCCCAAUAUUUUUAAGUAAAUACCUAUAUUGUUCUGUUUUAAAUUAAUUAACUCACAUCUUUGGUGUUCAUAUUACUAAUGAAAAACUAAAUUGGUUGCUGUUAGUGUCUUUUGACAUUUCUAUUAUAGUCCUAACUAUUUCUAUGAUUUUAAACAAAUUAAAAAAAUUUGAAUAGAAACCUAAUCUAGUCCAACUCAAUCCAUAUACAAAUUUAGAGAAUAGCAUUCUAACAAUAUGAAAUAAAUUCGGAUAUGAUACGAACGCAAAAUAUUAUGGAUAUUUACAGUGCCAUGUUCGAAAUUAAAUUUAUGAAAACAUCUUUACAAUCUGGCAACUUUCUUGAAUAAAUUCUAUAAAUAAUGGAAGGGUCAAUUUAAAGCGUGAAGUUUCAAAAUUACACGAAAGACCUUUGUAAACCUUUUUUUUUAAGAUAUUUGCAAAAUGCUUUUUCGUAACUUAAAUUAAGUUUUAUACUAAACUGAGCUGUUUUAGCAAAAAUUUCCAUUGAAAUUAGUUUUUGAAAAGCUGCUAAACCGCAGAAUUAAUUUUAGGUUUUAGUGUACUGUAUGUGUAUUGUACUGUAUUGUACAAAGAGUAUAUGAUAAGGUAUUCAAUUUAGUACGGGAUGUAGUACAGAUUUCUUUGGUAGUAUGAAUUUUUCAAUUUCCAGACAUCAAAGCCUUUUUUAGUGAAACAGGCAUGGAUCUAGCUGCGAAGUUUGUUUUAUUUUAUAAAAGUUGUACAUUAUUCAAAAAGACAAAAAAAAACAAAAUUGUAUCAUUUUAAAAAUUCGAUGCAAGCUUUCAACUAGGGCCAUGCUAUCUUUAGACUUUCAGCAUAAUAUGAUGUCCAGGAUGUAGAUUUUGCAAAACAAAAAAACUAAUCCUUGGAGGAAAUACUUUUUCGACUUUUUUUAAUACCUAAUAUACCAAUGAAUAUAUUAAUUGAUUUCUUCCUUUUAAUUCUCCUGCGAGAUAGGGUAAACGAGAUAGUUAUUGGCCCUUUAAGACUUUUUUUUACUUUGGUGUCAAAUAUCUAAUAUUUGUAGAGGGUAAAAAUGGUUAUACGCAUUUAAAAUUAAAAUAUUUUUCUUUGAUAUUUUAUAAUUUUGUUAAUCAUAAUAUACAAAUAGAGACAAAAAAAACAACAUAUUUAAAUAAAAUACCCAAAUCAUAGUCAUUGGCCUUUUCACUAUAGUCAUUGGCUAUAUGCAAAUUAGUUAUUGACCUUAUUUUACUUACCGUUCCCAUAGCCUUAGCAACCAGUAAUUACCCACCCCGAGGUAAAAAAGGAUUCGAUAAGCAAUUAAAAACAUGAAGUCGCACAAAAACAAAUCUUUAUUUCUAAGUUUAUAUAAAUUUAAUACAGAAAUAAUUUUUUUUAAAUUGUUUUAGGCAAGUUUGGCAUGUAAAUAUAUUUGAAUUUGACCUAUGCAUAUUAUGCUUUUUGAUACAAAUAAGGUGAUAGGUCCUACUGCAAUGAUUACACUUAACACCAGCUUUUGAAAACGUUAAGUUACAGGUGCAUGAAAAGCAAAUCCCUUCAUUUAGAAUAUUUUUGAUAAAUUUGAGCUCAUUUUCGACUUCCAUUAAAUCACCUGCUUCAUGAAUAUUUUCUUGAUCGUUAGAAUGGUAAUCACUUUUUUCAGAAAUCUAGCCAGCAUUUAAAAUAAAGCUUCCUUUAUCAUCUAAAUUAUUUUCAUCAAUGAUUCUUUUCAGGUCAUCAAAAAAAUGGUAGACGAUCUCAGGUUUUCUAGCAUCCUUCCGCAGUUUUUGUAAAUGUUCCGGUUUCUUAAGAGACCGUUCAGGAUGUCUUCUCAUGAAUGAGUAGUAUCAGUCUUCUCCGGGUACUCCAUUUUUAAAUGGUGUUCUUAAACCUUUUGCAUUAACAUACUCUCCAACCAGUUGUCUAAGUUCUGCUUUGUCACAUGGUAGACCCAUCGCAGUACGUGCCAAUAAACAUUUCACUAUUUCAUUUUCGAUAUCUGAGGAGAAAACUUGGAAACGUCCACCCUUUGUCACAUUUAAUGGAGUCUUUCUUCCUCCUAUCCUUUGGUAAAUAACUGAUCUGGGAACACCAUAGAACGUUUCUACUUGACGAUACGUUUUAUUUUUAUUUUGGACAUCUGCAACGGCAUUCGCAACAUCUUGAGUUGUAUAAGAAGGUGCUUCUUUUUUCCUUACAUACAGUUAUGGUCAUAUAAAUAGCACACUUUUCUAAAUUGCGAUAAAAAAUAUUAAAUACUAUUUUCUAUUUUUUUUAUAAUAUAUUUAGCUUAGAUGUUCUACAAAGAGUUGUAUUUAAUUAAAAUUAAAAGAGUAUUUUAAAUAUAUAAGAAACAACAAAAAAACUAAAAAAAUGCUGGCCAUUUAAAUAGCACACUUAAAAAAUAUUUACUUUCACCAAAAUCAAUUUAAUAUUUUGUUGGGUAUCCUUUAUUUUUUAUAACUUCACUUAAUCGCUUGGGUAUUGACUCCACCAAUUUUGCACACACGCUUGCCGGAAUACUGUUCUAAGCCUCUUGGAAGUUUUGCCUUAGUUCAUCCAGAUUUGAGGGAUUUAAUACCUUAAUUUUGGUUUUAACGUGAUCCCACAAAUUUUCCAGAGGGUUCAGGUCUGGGCUUUGUGGCGGCCAUUCCAAAACAUCUACCACAUUUUUAGUAAACCAUCGUUUUAGUGAUUUUGCAGAAUGUUUUGGAUCAUUAUCGUGCAUGAACUUACAUGUAAUUGGCAUAAAAUGCUCCAUGUAUGGUUCCAUAACAUUCUGCAAAAAAUCUCCCUAUACUUGUAUUGGUCCAUUAUUCCCUCUAUACGAUGAAUAGGUCCAACACCAUGCCAUGACAUUGCUCCCCAUAUCAUAAUUGAUCCUCCUCCAUGCUUAACAGUUUUAAUUGUGUACCUAGGGUUUAAGGCACGAUUGGGAGGACGUCUAACAUAGCAUUUUCCAUCAUUUCCAAAUCUAUUAAUCUUGGUUUCAUCGCUCCAUAAUAUGGUUUUCAAAAAAUUAAUGUCCUUAUUUAUAUGUUGUUUAGCAAAUGCCAAUCUUUUUUUAAUAUUUCUUUUUGAAACAAGUGGUUUUUUCCUAGCUACACAACCUUUGAGAUCUUUUUCACAUAAUCUUCUUCUUAUUGUUCUUGCAGAAAUAUUAACGCCAUAUUGGUCUGCUAUUUCACGUUUUAUUUGGGCGGAACUUAAAAAUGGAUUACCCUUGCUUAUUCUAAUAAUAAUUUUAUCCAUGUUAUACGUGGUUUUUCGAGGCCUUGUUAAUCUUUUCUUGUUCAUUGUGCUUUGAGUGGUCUCAUAGAGAGCCAGAGCCUUAUAAACCAUUUUCCUAGAUCAAUUUAAAUCUUUUGCUAUAGCAGAAAUAGAAAAGCCUUGAUUUUUCUUUUCUAUAAUAAGAGCUCUCCUCUCUGGUCCACAAUGUUUCUUUCUACCCACUAAAAUCAAAACUACUCUUGACAAUAUUCAAAAAUUUAAAAGUUAAAAUAAUACUUACUAAUUAACACUCGAUAUAUUUAAUAAGAAUGAAAGGUGUGCUAUUUAUGUGUCCAGCCUUAAAACGUUAAUAUUGGAAUGAAAUUCUGUAUGUGCAUAUAUUUUUAAAAUAAACAUAAAGUCUUGCAUAUUAGGAGGAGAUUAACUGCUUAAAUAUUUUCUUAUCAGUCAGGAAUUUGUUUUUUGUAAGUAAUAUAUGAAAAGGCUAAGUGUGCUAUUUAUGUGACCACAACUGUAAGUACGAAGCAUCUUUACAGUGCAACAAGACAAAGAAAUUACUGAUUUUACAUAAAUUAUCGGCGAGACACUAAUUUUAUUAUGUUUACAAUUACCCCAAAGGUGUGUAUACAUUUCCCCCAAGAACAAACUUAUUAGGGGGAAAUGUAAACACUGAAUUAUUUUAGCGAUUAUAAAAUUUGUCGACAGACAUUUAGGCGUAAAAUAGACACAAUAGUAUAACAAACAAUGUCCAAAUGAAAUAUCUAACUUACCUCGAUGAUUUGCAUUCGAAAACUUCAGUGCCGAAAUUCAACAUAAAACCACCAAACACAUCAAAUUGCAUCAGCCAACUAAAGCAAAAAGAGCACAAACAGGAGUAAAAUUUCGAGGGAAACCUAGUUCGCCCGACGUCGGCACGACUUGAAUAGUGAGCUUCGCGCCAAAUUUGAAAUCUAAAUGUUAUUGUGUUUCUUAUUUUAGAUGUGUCUAUAAUUACCCCAAUUGACCCUACGGCCAAUUUAAUUUGGAACAUACUGUAUAUUUGAGAUUUUGACAUGCAAGUAUUGAAAAUCACAUACGGUUAUGACAACUACACAAAACUACUCUGUGCUCUCAUUAAAUUAAGAACAUUCUUAAAAAGUACUCUCUACAAGUAACUACGAUUGCCCUGAACAACGUUUUACUAUAUUUUCCCAUGUAACAGAAGUAUUUCUUUGCACCCAUGUAUGAAAAACUCAAAAACAACAAAAUUGAUGCUUGGAAAUUGAAAAGAUAUGUACUGAAAGUGACUACCUCCCCUAUUGAUUAAAAUGCUUUUUGAACGUAAUUAUGUGUAUUAAACUAUUAUUGUACUAACAUUCCGCCUAGGUUUAAUUGUUUUAAGUUAAUAUCUUAGACCAAAAAUACAUUUUUGAGCCUAUUUGCGAAGUUUGGUGAAAGGCAGCUUUUCUCGAUUUUACCCAAAAGACAUUUUCUAGUCUGUUUUAGUGGAAGAUUUUUUAUAUAUUAGGCAAACUUACUAUGAAAAAACUGUGUUGUUUAUAUUUUUUAACUGGUGAUUUUUUUACUCAUCCAUCAGCUUUUCGCCAAAUAAAUUUCAAAUCCAAAUAAGGACCAUAGUAGAUAGCGGCGUUGGUAAUUUUUGACAAUAAAACUCUUAAAAAAAUGA